AAAGUUGGUGAGCUAGUGCCGGCGCAGUGUUGCUCCGUGCGCCGCGCAGACCGGUCCGCCAUGUCGCGCUGACAUCCCGCGCAACUCCUGUCAAACUGACAACUAUCUCACUGACAACUCCGACUGACAAGUGAACAAUGUGGCCAGUGCUCCUCCUCUCCGGCGCCCUCCUGGCGGCCGCGCACGCACAGAAUGCAGACAGCACGGGAGAGUUCUCGCCGGUGGUCACGGCGACGUGCAAGACUGGCGUCAUGGCUAUCAACAUCUCUUUCAACCAGCCGUUCAACGGGGUCACACAUGCCAGGGAAUUCAGAACUCCAGCGUGCAUGGCUCUGGGCAACGGCAGCGAGACGCUCAGCUUCGACAUCAAUCUGAUGGCCGCGAAGGGGGCUCCAGACUAUUGUGGAGUCUUUUGGAACAAUCGCACAGACGAGCGGUCGUUGCCGCUGGCGGUUCGUGUGCACCGAACCUUGGAGUUGGCCGACGACAAGUUCUACGUCAUCACUUGCGGCAAGGCAGGCUUCAGGAAUGCUCGAAACGAAACUUCGCUUGUGUCGCUGAGAAUGUUGGACUCGCAAGGUCGCAAAGUAUUGAAUGCAGGAUUCGGUCUACCGUACACGCUGCGCGCCGAAAUCAGCAAGCCUGAUGGAAGCCACGGAAUACGUUUGAAGAAUUGUUUUGCUUUCAACAUGCGUAAUUAUACAGCAGAUCUUCUAGACAAUAGAGGAUGUCCCGUGAAGCAGCAGUCGAUAGUGGUGAAGUCCGAGACGGGCGCGGCCGAGCUCGCGAUCGCGUCAAUGUUCCGGUUUCCAGACUCCUCGCAGGUCAACUACCAAUGUGAUAUAGCUAUCUGUAAAGGCACGUGUUCGGUAAUAGACUGCAGUACGGAGUCCCGCUUCGAGAAAGGCGAUGAGGAAAGCACUGUCACCGCUUCCACAGGAAUCUUCGUAUUGGACCCUAACGACAAUGGAGUGGCAGCACUAACGUGUUCAGACGGCAGCGUGCGUCCACUAUGGCUGCUGUACCUGGCCAUCGCACUUGGCGUCAUGUUCGUCGUCAUGCUGUUGGUCAACUGCUUCCUAUGUACCGCCAUGACUUGCUCAUGUGCGAGAACCGAUGUGAUCGAGAAAGACCCAUCAGUGGUGGAAGAUUACGACCCGUACCGCAGCUGGCACGGCAGUCAGUAUGGCAGCCGGUACCCCUCCUCAACUAUACACUCAGCGAGGUCAGUUUCGGACAACAGUGACCACUACGCGAUAGUGCAAUCAAGGCCGGGCAGUCGACAUUCCGGCAUGCACCGAAAUAGGCAUUAAUGAGAUAAUAAGAGGGAUAAACCUGUGAUGCAAGCGGAGGCAAUAACGAUACCUACAAACGUUGGUACUGAAUCACCAUAGUCGAUUUACCAAAAGAAGCGUUUUGUAGGAAAGCUGCUCAUAAUCAGAUAACUAAACAUUCCUUUUCUAAUUUAAAAUUAAAUACGUAAUUUAAAUACAUAACAAGAAUAUUUGAUGAAACAAUGGUGCUUUGAAUCUCGAUUAGUAAGCGACAGGUACCAAACUUGGCAAAUGAUAUGUUACCUAAGGAAGAAACGCGUUUAACCUUCAGAUGAAUUUAACUUGUGCCAUUUUUAUAUGCAUGUACCUUAUGUGGUUUGUAAGAUUUAUAGGCAAUAUUUAAUAAUAAUUGUGUAAUGAUAACAAUUGUAUACCUGAAUCGAUACAACGAAUCCGUCCAAAUUCAUGUGUCAAUUAAAUAAAUUCAUAGAUUUGUAAACAUAUUUAAGUAAUUAAUAUAAGGUUGUGUUUGUACAUUUAUUUGUAAAAGUAUUUUAGGCAUUUACGGUAUUAUUGUGAUGCACAAAAGUAGACUUUGAGUAUUUGUGAGAAAAAUUAAAAUAAAAACGUCAAAUUAUUGACUUCAUUAGAAGUACACACAUAAACUUGUGCAUAUUUUUAUAUGUCUCGUUAACAGAAAUUAUUUAUAUUUUUGUUACGAAAAUAUAUCACACUAAUCUAAGUUCAGGUAAGGAAUUAAAGUAAAUAGAAGGAAAUAUACCUUAUACAACAAAAUGAUUUUAUCAAAUCGGUUAUAACUUCUAUGCAAACCUUAGUUGUAGAUAAUAAAGUAAUAAUUUAAACAAAUACCACAUCAUCACUGUGAAAUAAUAUUUUAAAUGAUAGUGUAUAUUAGUUAUAUAAGCUUAAUUAGGGUUUAGUAACGGAUUGUUGAUUGUAAAUGAACGAAUGUGUCCUUUUUAUCAUAAUUAAUAAAAAGUAAUGGAAAUGGACGAAAUAUGUAAUGGAUUUUUCAGCGCGCGAGUUUAUAGUAUUAUAAAAUAUAAUGUAUUAAAAUAUGGAAGGAGUCUGUGUGAAUAUACAAUAAGUUCCAAACCUUACAUAUAGGCAAGUGUGUAUUUGGGUGUGAAACCAAUAAAUUCUUUAACACAUUA